AUGGCUCAACUACCCGUGUAUAAUCCUCCGUCGCCUUUCCUGGGAUUUUUACCGGCUGGACUAGGCUUGUACCGGAAGGUGAUAAUUCGCGGAAAAAUGAAGGAGGACCAGUUUAACAUCAACUUCCAGUCUGGCCCGAAUACGGAUCCCCGCGAUGACUGCCCGUUGCACAUCAGCAUUCGCCCCCGCGACAAGGUAAUUGUCCGAAACACCUACCAGUUUCGCAGCUGGGGCAUCGAGGAACGACACGGUGGCUGUCCGAUCCAGAAGAAGGGCUACUUCGACGUGCAGAUUACGGUCAAACCGGAUGCCUACAGUAUCGCCAUCAACGGUUGUCAGUAUUGCGAGUUUGCCCAUCGGCAACCGUACGCUUCGGUACGGUUCAUCCAUAUCGGCGAGGGGGCUCAAGUGGAUGCCAUGAUUACCGAGUAG